AUGAAGGAAUCUGGAAUUGAUCAGUUUCCUGGUUUCCAGAUUUACAGUCAUAGGGAUGAAUUAAUGUUCAGAAAUUCAAUGAAUAGAUUACAAAAGAGAGCUCCUUGUCCACUUCAGAUAAUAAAGCCUUCUGUCUUAUCUUCUACUUGCAGUGGAAAAGGUUCAACUUCAACAUCUACUUCAUCUUCAAAUUCAUUCAAUUCCUUCUUCACAAGUAAAGAUCCAAUACCUCUUCUUUCUCCUCUUGUGGUUCUUGAAUCUACAUCCAUUAGAGAAGAAAACACUGUUAAUUCCCAUUGA